GCAAUGAAUAUUUUUUUAUAAUAAUUUUGUAUUAAUAUUUAUAAUAAAGUUAAUAAUAUUAUUUAUUAUCUUUCAGGCCAAGGAACUCCCCGCUAAAGACAUGAGUGGAACCUCUGACCCUUACGUUCGAGUCACCCUCCUUCCCGACAAGAAACACAGGCUCGAAACAAAAAUAAAAAGGAGAACGCUGAAUCCGAGAUGGAACGAAACAUUUUAUUUCGAAGUUAGGUUUUCCAAUCCAAAAACUUCAAAGCCGGGUAUUGCACCUUCACGUCUUUGAUUAUGACAGGUUUUCAAGAGACGAUUCCAUUGGAGAAGUUUUCUUACCUCUUUGUCAGGUUGAUCUAUCAGAGAAACCCUCUUUUUGGAAGGCGCUGAAACCUCCAUUGAAGGACAAGUGUGGUGAACUCCUAGUUUCGCUAUGUUAUCACCCGAGCAACAGUAUACUCACCAUAACUUUACUGAAGGCAAGGAAUCUAAAGGCUAAAGAUAUCAAUGGAAAAUCAGAUCCAUACGUCAAAGUUUGGCUGCAAUUUGGUGAGAAAAGGAUUGAAAAGAGGAAGACACCAAUAUUCAAAUGCACCCUUAAUCCUGUCUUCAAUGAAACAUUCAGCUUCAACGUACCUUGGGAAAAGAUAAGAGAAUGUUCCCUCGAUGUUAUGGUGAUGGAUUUUGACAAUAUUGGCCGUAAUGAGCUCAUUGGCCGCAUUCUUCUAGCAGGAAAGAAUGGUUCUGGAGCUACUGAAACAAAACACUGGCAGGACAUGAUAACCAAACCCCGCCAAACCAUUGUGCAGUGGCAUAGGCUUAAGCCAGAAUAAACAUCAAAUGUAAUGAUAUUGCAGUUUGUACUAGAAAGGCAUACCUUGAAGACUUAGAAGUUAAUAUACUAAUAUAAGAUCUCUAUGUUAACAUAAUCCAUUAGUUUUGUCUCUAUUUUCAAAUAAGAGGCUGAUAAUAAUAUCUAUUUUUGUGGGACAUAUAUUAGUCUCUAUAUUUUAUCAUAUUUUAAAAGAGAUUUGAAGAUUUCCAAAAGUAUAUGUAUUAAAAAGAAAAAAAAGUAAUACAUGACUGUAAAAGAAACCAUACUAACUGAAAGUUUCUUUUGAGGGAUGGGCAAUAUGAAAACUUUUUUAUGAUGUAUCGUGUUGUUAUAAUAUUGGAUAGUUUAUUUAGCAUACCUAGCUUUUUAACAAUAAGGAAUAUAUUGCAAAUUUAAUUUUUGUAAAGGAUUUAGACUGUCAAAGCAUUUUUAUAUACCCGUGCUGCUUAGUUAAUUUUUAUAUAUUAAUUCAAUCAGCUAGAUAUGUUAUAAUUAUAUAAAUGUUUAAUUUUGGUAGAGGUUACUUUAUGUAUUCUUGUUGAUCCAUGGCUGAGGAUACAUCGCAUGCGUGUAAUAUUACCAUGAAAGUCCUCUGCUCAAACUGAUAUUAGUCCCAUAGUCAGCCUACUCAAGUUAAAAUGAGUUUUCGAUCACUAUGACGAAAAAUGAAUCCUCUAGACGAAUUAUAUUUUCCUGUAAGUAGUAUACUUAAAUGUCGUGUACUAAAUGGUGCAAGAGGAGCUUGUAUAAUAGUCUUUGCACCAAAAAGGUGUUUCAUGAUUAGCAAAAAAAAAUAUUGAAAUAUAUUUGUACAAAAGAGUAUUAAAUAAGUAAUAAAUACUCUAAAAAAUAUAUUUAUGAAAUCCUUUUCUUUCUUUAGCCACUUCAGUUCACAUUUUUCUUAAAAGAUUUCUGUAAUAAUUUAGACGAAAUGGCCUUCAAAUUUUUGUAUCAAUCAAAUAUUUUAUCAAUAAAAAAAGUAUUUUGUUUUAUAUUUACUAUGUAAUUCUAAAUCGCAAAACUACUCUGACAACUUUCGUAUUAGAUAUAAAGUAUAAUUUUAAUAAAGCAUGAGAAAGAAAGAAUAUUAUUCAGUGGCAACUAACUUAUUUUGUCCUGAAAUCAGUGUCUCUGAUUACUCAAGGUUUCUCGUACAGAUCCUUCUCAACCUCAUACAGUCGUAUCUGGACCUGUUUGUAGCGGUGAUUUCUUAAUGACAAAAGUAACAUCAAAGUUAUAAAAGAAAAAAAAAUAACUCCAAGUGGUUAUGAAGAGACAAAUUAGCUUGUUCCCUAGCAACAGCUAUUCAGAUUGAAAAAUUUAUACUUUCAGCACGGGAGUAGUGUGACCAAAUAGUUGUCUUGAUUUUUCCUACUCUACAACAAACUAGUCAAAUUCAAAACUGAAUUAUAAUUAUAAUCAUCUGCAAUGUAACCUCAGCCAGAAUGAGUAAUCUUUUUUCGUAAAAACAAGCUACACAUCGUUAUAUAAGUAAUGAACAAAUAUAAAAAUGAAGUGCGUCUAUUAUAUAUGUAAGACGCGUUUGUAUUCUUACAGCUUGUAAGAAAUAGAGCUCUUAUUAAAACUUUUAAGAUGGAAAUGACUAAUCCUUAAUAUCAUAUUAACAUUCGGUUACCGCUGAACAUAUGGCUAAUACACAAUCCAUUCGUUUAUUAAUUUAUUAAACUUAAAUAUUGAUAUGCUACCCAAUAUAUUGAUUGAAAUUUCUACUUUGAUUUUUUUUUUUUUUUUUUAAAGGCACUUAUUAACAAUUAUUUCAAAUAUUUUAAAUAAAUAAACAAAUUUAUGUUAGUUCAAUGAUUUGUUCAUUUUAUAUUUAGGCUUCUUUGUUUUUAAUGUAUGAUUAAUUCUUUUAAAAAAAUGUAUUAUUUUAAAAGUUUGACUCAUUUCUUUGUUUAAUAAAUGCAUUAGUUGAAAAAAUAAAAAAAUAGUUAACAAUUUUUAUUUUUCGUAUAAAGUGAGUAAAGUGUGGAAAAAAUUAGUCAUUAAGUUCAGUUAAUUCAUCAGGAUGUGACAAAUUCUGAUAAACUUACUCUAAUCUGCUUGGUGCAAGAAGUCUGGGAUAGAUUUAUUGUGUGGCUACCGCAGUAAAAUUCUUUUUUUUUUUUUCACAUUCAAAAUUAAAGGAUAAUAGCCACAAUAAGACAUUAAUUUUCUAUUUUAGGAGAAAAUUCAAAUUUUAAUGAAACAUUAUUAUUGUUCACAGCAGGGACUAAGCCAUAUAGCAGAUUAUCAGUGAUUCAAUAAUCGAAGCACUGAGAUAAAAAAAAACGUAUUAAGGCCAUAUUUGAGAGAAAAUGAGGUAUUGUUUCGAAAAGGUUUUUUACGAGUCUUAUGCGUGAAUGCACAAAAUUAAUAAGGUUUAACUUUUCUACCUCCAGCCAUUUCAAUACUUGUGGGAAUCAAAAGAAACUUCUAGGAAGGAUAGUUUCUUUCUCCUUUGUGUGUUUCUACGGGGGAGGGCACACUAACAAUAAAGUAAAACAAUAACAAUUUUAAAUUUAGCUAUAAUAGACUUCUUCAAUCCGAAACUAGAGCAACCAAAAUUUAUUUUGAGGUAGUCUCCGUUAAAUUAUAUCCAUUUAAACUUUUUUUGCAGAUAACUUAAUAUUUAAAAAGAAUAACAUAUACAUGAAAUUUGUAACUGCAGCAAAUUUGAAACAAUUUAUUCUUUUUGAUUUUUUUUUUUAAUCCCUACAAUUUCUUUAAAUAUAUUUAUUUUUUCCUAAAAUAUUUUUUAAAAUGUAUUAUAAAAAAAGUAUAUUUUUUAAUUUAAUGGUGGAGGGUAGAAUUUAUAAUUUUUUUAUUAUUGAUAUCUUCAAAUCUCAGUCUUUGAAUUUGAAAAUCUCUAUUGAAUUAAGUCGACUUAUUGCAAAAAAUCAUGACGUUACAUUUCAUAAUAUUAAAUCACUAAGUAAUUUGAUUAAUAUUUCCCCUGUGUAAUCAGAACAUUGUGUGUACGUUUUAUUGAUGAAUAAGUUCGAAAUUCACAAAAACAGACGUUUAGUUCCAUCAAUAAUAUUCUUACUGAAUUUUUGCAAUAAACUGUUGAUUUAUUUUAUUUCAAAUAGUUUUAUUCAGUCACCACAUGCAUAUGAUUAAAAUAGUUCAUUCUUGAAUUCGAAAAACAAAGUCAUAAACACGAAAUUAUUAAACUUAUUAUUAAUUAGGAUUAAUAUUAUGCAGAUUUGUGGAAAACUUCUUCAAAGCGUGUAUGCUCUCUAAGUUUGAGGACAUGUUUAACAUUCUAAUUCUAUUGAGGUGGUUGUGAAAAUUAUAUACUCUCUAACAGCAAGUGGCAAAAAAAAAAAAAAAAAUUGAAUAUUAACCAAAUUGCUUUUCUAUGGCCGUCAAAAGUAUUAAUAAAUAAUGGAAAAGGGACAGCAUGUGAUGCAGUAAAAUGGUGCUUCAGAAUUACCAGAUGUAUUCAAAAACCAAAAACAUCACGAUUUCUGAUUUGAAUUUAUGAGUCCUCGGAAAAAAAUAAAAUAGUAACUCAUUUUGAUUCAAGUGAGCUUGAUGAGCCUCACAAACAUAAUGAUUUACUGUUGUAGAAAUCUCACACUAAAUCCAAAUAAUUGAUAUUAACUUUUUUUUUUUAAAUGUUACUAAAAUCAUUUGGAAUUAAUAAAACUUUUAAUUUGUUGAGUUUAACUAACGAGUUAUAAUUUUCAGAAAAAUUUAAAACUAAUUUUAAUUCCAAAGAGUGAAAAUUUAUACGCUCAAUUGCAAGACAUUGUGAGCUAAUUUAUUAAGAUUUAUGUAGUCAUUUCAUCCCUAGAACUACGUGUGUUAGAAAAAUAUAUAAUAUAGAUAAUAAAAAAAAAUACAUUAGACUGAUCUGGAAAUUAUUUUGAAAUUUUAUUAGGCUUUCCAUGAAAGUCCUAUAUUUUUGUAAAAUACGUAUAAUUUAUACAUUUCAUUCUUUUAUAUUAAUCUGGAUAUGUAAAAAAAAAAUUAAUAACUUGCACUUAUUUUUUAAAAAUUAGCCGCUUUCACAGGACCAUUUUGCUUUUAAACAAUAAUUGAUAUAAAAGAUUUCCAGAUCAUAUUUUGUCAGGUAGAAGUUAUAACCUGGAUGUUAGCUUAUGCUGUUAUUAUUACUCUCGUUGUAUUAAAACUUACACACCUUCAACGUCCAUCUUGAGUUUUUAAAUUAUAUUUUUGUCCCUUAAAAAAAGAAAUAUCGGUUGUAAAAAUUGUAGUCAUGGUUAUGAGGAUUUAAAUAAUUCAUCAUGUCUAAUUUCAACACAAUGGCAACCGAUUCAGAAGACCUUUUUAUUAUUUUAUUUUUUUUAUAUAAAUAUAUAAUCAAAUAAUACUUUUACUAUUAUUAUAUAAUAAUUAAUAUUUAUUUUAACUUACUUCAUUUAAAAAUUCUCUAUAUAUAUUUUAUUUAGUAACUUAAAAUAUAAAUUUAUCCUACUAACAAUAUGUUUUAAUUUAUUUUCUAACUACUUUUUAACUUAUUUUAAGUUAACAUCACAUAUAAUAUCAUUGAAUAUAUAAUGAUAAAAUGUGUUACAACAUAUUUCUAACAAAUUGCUUUGACAAAAUAUCGAUGUUGAAAAUAUUUAGUGUGUCUAGGCUUUCUUUAGAUAGCUUGCAACAUAGAUAAUAUAAGUUUCUGCUUUAUAUAAAUGUUUUUAUUUCAUAAAAGUUUAUUGCCGUUCCUUGCGAAAGCUGUCUUUUCUGAUUAGAUUCUGUCAGUGGUAAAAAAACGUGAGUUUUUAAAUUUGUAUUCAAUUUUAAUAGUAUGUUUACAAUUAGUAUAGGGAGUAUUAAUAUCUUCAAUCCAGUGUUUCCUACGGAUUAAAAUUGAAGCUGAACCACUCGCAGUUUCUAUUCAGAAUAAAAAAAAACAGUUAAAUGACAAUAGAGCUUUGAUGAAAAAGUAGCAAAAAACAAACAAAAAAAAAACUACAGUUAGUAAUAGACCCUAAUGUUCUAAAUGAAUGUGUUAAAGUUUUUUUAUUUAGUUUUUAAUAAAAUCCAACAAAAAAUAAAAAUCAUCAAUGUCUAAGUGUAUAUCCAUGUAAACCCUAUAUAUGUGUAAUAAAAUAUGUAAAAUUUAUUCAUAUAGGAAGUAGCAUUUGUUCAAUGUAUUUAUGUAUAGAGAUCAGUGUAAAAAAAAAAAUUAAAUAAAAUAGUUAUGAGUAUUUAUAUAUGUGUAAAGGAUACAGUAUAAUACUAAAGUUUUUCAUAGUUUUUGACAGUAAUUGGCAUACCGUAUAUUUAUAAUACAAAAAACAUAGGUCUAAACUUAUAUUUUUAAGUAUAUUUUGAGUGAAACCCUUUACUAAUGUUUAUAUUAUUUCAUUUUCAAUAAUAAUUUGUUGUAUGAUUAUUUUUAAAAAACAUAUAUUAUUGUAGAUCACUAUUUUUGUGCACAAGAUAAUUAACAGUUGUAAAUUGACAAAUAAGUUGGCUUCUUGUCAAACUCUACAAAUAUUACAUAUAUGUUUUAUGUGUUAAUGGUGUAUUACUUUAAAUCUCUAUGUAAAAUACAAAAUGAAUAAAGUACAGGAAUGUAUCAUUAAUAUUUAA